UUAUUUCUUUCAAAUAGUGGUGGGCAACUAAGGAGUCUGUCAAGUGUCAACCAUUGACAAGCAGACAGUAAGGAAGAAGAGAAAAACAGAUUGAAGAUGAAAGAAGAAUGACGAAGGAGGGAAAUAGGAACGGGCAAACAGGGCUUCACGUCCUCCGAGUAGUGCAGUUCACGUCGAAGAACGUUUGCCAACCCAGCCUCUCCUCCUCACACCACAGAUAAAAUCCUCCAUCCACGUUCUUGAUCACCACCAACGUUAAAAGCCAUCGGCUGGCGGCCUCCAUCUUCUGACCUUCCACCCCUUCCGUCUUCCGCCACCACCUCGACUAUCUUCCUCCUCUUCCGGAAUGGGGACGAGCGCUGUUCUUCUUCUUCUUCUCUUCUGCUCCACGUUGGUGGCAGCGAGGAACCACCAGAUUCCGCCCGAGGAGUUUGGCAUCAGGUUCUACGACAAGAAGUGCCCCAAAUUCGAGGCCAUCGUUCAGAAGAGGGUCAAGGCCUGGGUGCAGUCUGAUCCCUCCCUUGCCGCCAGCCUCAUCGAGCUCCACUUCCACGACUGCUACGUCAGGGGCUGUGAUGCUUCAAUCCUUUUGAGUCAUCCUGGAAGCGAGCGGGAAGCGCCUCAAAGCAGGAACCUGAGAGGAUUUCAAGUGAUAGAUGACAUCAAAGAGGAUCUUGAAAGGGCAUGCCCCGGGAUAGUCUCCUGCGCCGAUAUAUUGGCGGCUGCUGCCCGAGAAGCAACAACCAAGACUGGAGGACCUUUCUGGGAGGUGGAAUAUGGUAGGAAGGACGGCAAUAUCUCCGUGGCUAGCGAAGCAGCGGUCGUACCCGUGGGCCGAGAAAACGUCACUUACCUCGUUGAGUUCUAUCAGGAGCUGGGACUCAACAUUCUUGACCUUGUUACUCUCUCAGGUGUUCAUACGAUCGGGCAGGCGACAUGCGACCAGGUGAAGUUCAGGCUCGGAGACUUCGAGGGGACGGGGAAGCCAGACCCGAGCAUCGACCCCCGCUACCUGAACUUCCUGCAGAGGAAGUGCAAGUGGGGAGGCGCCAAGGUCGACUUCGACCCCAUCACCCCGCACAAGUUCGAUAACGCCCACUUCAUCAACCUGCAGAGGAGGAUGGGCCUGCUUCUUUCCGACCAGCUGCUGCAGUCCGACCCCAGGACCAGGCCCCUUGUCGCCUCCUUCGCCGCCAACAACAAGCUCUUCUUCCACCAGUUCGCCGUUUCCAUGGAGAAUCUCGGCGACACCCAGGUGCUCACCGGCACCGACGAGGGCGAGAUCAGGAAGAAGUGCAGCUGUGUCAACACCAACUGAGGAAGGAAGGAGACAACAGGAGCCUUGCCCUUUUCUUGUAGAGAUCCGCGUGUGAUUAUAUGGUUUGCUACCACCCAUUAAGAAAAGCGAGAGAAAGAAAAUGUCUGCUCAUGUGUAACUCCUUAUGCAGUUCUCUUUUCACUGUUUUUCUCCAUUUGUUGAAUAAUGUUUGGAUGUAA